UGUUGCUCUUGAAGUUAAAUAGCUUCCUUUGUAUCCCUCUCUAUUUCUACUUGCCUAGGCCUGUAAAUCCGGAGAAUUGCAAGCUCAUCAUUAAUCAAUCGAUUGUCCAAACCCAAUUCUAUUGCCACCUCAUCUAGACCAGAAGACGACAACAGCAGUCCCCACGGCCUUUAUUGUAAUCCCAAAAUGGCCCUCGCCCCAAAAUUCGCUGGUCAGAAGCUCGUCUUCGCCUCGCCCGCCACUGCCGGCGCCGUGGCCCCAACUCUUCACACCGUAGAGCUGUUCCUCGACUAUGUCUGCCCAUUCUCGGCCAAACAAUUCAACACUGUCUACAAUGUCGUUGCGCCUUUGAUCCGCAACAACCCCAAAUGGGCCUCCAGUGUCCAAUUCAUCUUCCGCCAGCAGAUUCAGCCAUGGCACCCGUCCUCGACACUGACCCAUGAAGCCGCCACCGCUGUUUUGCAGCUCAAUCCCGACAAGUAUUGGGCUUUCAGCGAUGCUCUGUUCAAGGACCAGAAGUCAUACUUCGACGUCAACGUUGUAAAUGAGACUCGCAACCAGACGUAUCGCCGCCUUGCCAAGCUUGCCGCCAGUGUGGGCGUGGAUGAGGCCGCUGUAUAUGAUCGCCUUGUCAUCCCCGACAAGGCCGCCGAUGACGGGAGCUUAAAUAUCGGGAACAAAGUUACGAAUGACCUCAAGAUAUUCGUCAAGACAGCCCGCCUGGUCGGCGUCCACGUCAGUCCGACCGUUAUCUUUAACGGUGUGGUUGCCAAUGAUAUAAGCUCUAGCUGGACCAAGGAACAGUGGGAGGAAUGGUUGACCAAAAACAUUGUCUAAGAGGGUACCCGAGCCUCAAGCGAUAUGGAGAGGGUGCGAUGGUUGUGUAAUAGGUACUUAUGGCAAUUUGCAUAUUAUAUGUCUUCGUAACGGAGCAAUAACCAAGAGAUACUUUACCAAUGCAAUCUGAAUCCCGCAAGGCAUGCUCAACAGCAGCAGCAUGAUUAUGACAGCUGUGCUCAAGUACUCACCAGGGAAUAUAUACACAUUCGACUUCGAGACAGUAGGAAGUGCUAUUAUUGCCGACUUCUGCAUAUUCAAGAAAUAUAGAGGUAAAUACGGACUGUUGUCAUGUACAUGCGACCACAAUCACUACUCUAAUUAUCAUAAUGGACGAAGCUCUAGUCAGCCAGCCGCCAUCAGCUGUGGG